AUGUCGCCUUCUCUCAAUGAUGCGGCGGUUCCUGCUGCUGCUCCGGGCCCAGCUCCGGAACCGGUCAAGUACCUCUGGUUUCGCGAUACCUUUUCCCAGCCCGUCAUUGCCGCCUUCUGCGCUGGCGGUGUUGCUGGUGCCGUCUCUCGAACCGUCGUCUCCCCCCUCGAGCGUCUCAAGAUCCUGUUCCAGGUCCAGAGCGUAGGACGCGAUGCCUACAAGCUGUCUGUAGGCCAAGGUCUGGCCAAGAUGUGGAGGGAAGAAGGCUGGAGAGGCUUUAUGGCUGGCAAUGGCACCAAUUGUGUGCGCAUUGUGCCGUACUCAGCUGUUCAGUUCGGCAGUUACAACUUUUACAAGCGGAACUUCUUUGAGUCUUCCCCCGGCGCAGACCUCUCUCCUCUCGCCCGUCUGACGUGUGGUGGUAUCGCUGGUAUCACUUCCGUCUUCUGCACAUAUCCUCUCGACAUUGUUCGCACUCGACUGUCUAUCCAGACUGCUUCCUUUGCAGAGCUAGGCCCUAGGGCCGAGAAGCUCCCGGGCAUGUGGACUGUCAUGGGCACCAUGUACAAGACGGAGGGCGGUAUCUCUGCCCUGUACCGUGGCAUCAUCCCCACUGUCGCUGGUGUUGCCCCCUACGUCGGCCUCAACUUCAUGGUCUACGAGUAUGUACGCAAGUACCUAACCCCCGAGGGUGACAAGAACCCCAGCGCCGUCAGGAAGCUGCUUGCUGGUGCCAUCUCUGGAGCUGUCGCUCAGACCUGCACCUAUCCCUUCGACGUUCUUCGCCGAAGAUUCCAGAUCAACACCAUGACGGGCAUGGGCUACCAGUACAAGGGCAUCACUGACGCUAUCCGGGUCAUCAUCACUCAGGAGGGCGUCAAGGGCCUGUACAAGGGCAUCGUCCCUAAUCUUCUCAAGGUUGCGCCGAGCAUGGCAUCCAGCUGGCUCAGUUUUGAGCUGUCACGCGACUUCUUGGUCUCUCUCAGACCUGAUGGUGACGGCGAGGCUGCUCUCUGA